UAGAAAAUAGUUCUAACCCAGCAGCACAAGAACAAAACGAUGAAACGCGCACUCUGACGUCACGGGUUGCCGUUCUGACCGCUCUGUGAAAGACCCAUGAAUCAAUCAUUUGCAAUUUCCCGCCGUCGCCACGAAGUUGCAGGACGGCUCGCGCUCGAGCUGUCAAUCAUUCUCUUGCUGACAGCCACAUCGUCGAACCGAGCGCGCGACCUGUCAGUCAAUCGAAAGCAGCGAGCGAAGCGAAAAACCUGAGGCGAAAUGCCGCUGCCAUUCACGAUGCUGGAUAUCGACGCGGCAGCUACGCAAUUUGACAGGUGAGGAAAACAUCACUGUACAAAUUGGACGUUUAAGGGAAAAGAAAAACUAUGGAUAAACGCGACAAGAAAGCGAAAGUGGACUCGGAGACAUCCGCCAAGCACACGGAUAAAUUCACGGGAAAGUUAUUCCGGAGGAAAUCGUUCAGAUCCGUCGAAAGUUUGGUUAGUCGGAUUCUGAAAAGUUUCGGGAGCUGGACCGGCGGCAGGGAAACAACCGGACGGUCCGAGGCUGAAGAUGACGAUGGCGGGUUUGGGGUAAGCGCACCUUGCGGCGGAAACCCCUUACAGAUGAAGAGGGACGACGGCUGCCCGGUGAGGAAAAGUUCCUCGCUUCCCGGGCACUUCUCCGCGCAAGAGCGACUCUUUUCGCUUUACGGAGAUAAAACGCCAGGUGUGUUAGGUCUGAAGAAUCACGGGAACACCUGCUUUAUGAACGCCGUCGUGCAGUGCUUGAGCAACACAGAUCUGCUCGCGGAACAUUUGGGCUUGGAUCGAUAUAAACUGGAUCAGAUGGAAUUGAACGGGUUGGUACGGAAUGAUCAUGAUCGGGAAGUUACGGAACAGCUCGCGGCUCUGGUCAGGGCGCUUUGGACUUUGCAAUAUACGCCUCAGCUCUCUGCUGAGUUUAAGGGGAUUGUAUCCAAAUAUGGAACACAGUUCAGAGGAAAUUCCCAGCAUGAUGCUCUAGAAUUCCUGCUCUGGCUUCUAGAUCGCCUUAAUGAGGACUUCAACUCGUCUUCCACCUUCCUGAGCGGGAAUAACAAAAGCAAAUCCAGUGAAAAGAGUCAAGAAGAUGACCUCGACUGUGAUGCUCUAAACCCAGCCACGGCAGAGCCUGGUGUUCGUCACAGCUUCGUACAGGAACAUUUCCAAGCCCAGUACAAGUCGUCUCUCACAUGCCCGCACUGUCUUAAGCAGAGCAACACGUUUGAUCCAUUUCUCUGUAUUUCCCUGCCGAUUCCUCUAAGACAGACAAGGCCACUUUAUGUGACUUUGGUCUUCAGUAAUAAAGGGCAGAGGUAUUUGCGAGUGGGGCUUGCUGUGCCUCUCUUUGGUCCUGUGGCGUGUUUGCGCAAGAUGGUGGCAGACGAGGGGAAAAUCUCUCCUGACCAGGUCAUAUUGACAGAAGUCUACACAACAGGCUUCCAGCGUUCAUUCUUUGAUGAUGACGAUCUGACCAGCAUAGCAGAAAGUGAUGUCAUCUAUGCCUUCCAAGCUCCGCCCCUUUUCGUCAGGGGAGGGUCUACACGAAUCUCAGGGUAUCACCACAGUCUUCCGUCAUCCCCGUUCAACUCCUCCGCGACGGAAAGUCAGAGACUGGCUGCGUCUGGAGCGUUGUCCUCAGAGUUUUUGAACCAGACAGAUGGGAUGGUGAAGAUCUUGCUGCUGGUGUGCAACACAGCCGGAGCAGGACAGCAGGCAGUGAGAUUUGGUCCACCAUUUCUGAUGAGAGAGGACAGGUCUGUGUCCUGGGAGCAGCUACAGCAGGGCAUCCUCAGUAAACUUUAUUAUCUCAUGAUCAAUGGAUCACAAGCACAGAAUUUCAGGAUGCUGUUCAAGAUCCGCGUUGUUGGGGGAUCUGCUUCUUAUUACCUUAAUCCUCAAGAUGGACGGCCACUUUUCCACCCUGCAGUGGACAGAGCUUUGAAGCUUUGUGCCUCAGGUGGAGCCCCACAUGUCAAGCUUGUAGUGGAGUGGGAACACAGAAUCAAAGACUGUCUGUUUGGCAAUAUCCAUGAGGAGGUGGUGAAGGACUCUGAAAGCGUUCGGGCUCAACAGCAACAUCACGUUCAGCAACACAGCUGCACGCUGGACGAGUGUUUCGAGCUGUACACCAAAGAAGAACAAUUGGCCCCUGACGAUGCCUGGAAGUGCCCUCAUUGUAAGCAGCUACAGCAGGGCAUGGUGCAGAUGGGUCUGUGGACGCUACCCGACAUCCUCAUCCUUCACCUCAAGCGCUUCCGACAAGUGGGAGAGCGCCGCAACAAGCUCUCCACUCAAGUCAAUUUCCCCCUCAUGGGUCUCGAUAUGGGUCGGCAUGUGGUCAAGAGGAGUACAAGCACCCGACUGCCAUCUGGCUCCAAACAGGCCUUUCACGGGGGCGAAGCAAGCAGACGAUCAUCUGGCUUUUUGUAUGAUCUGUAUGCGGUCUGUAACCAUCACGGAGGCAUGCACGGAGGUCACUACACAGCUUACUGCAGGAAUUCAGUGGACGGACAGUGGUACUCUUACGAUGACAGCACCGUUGAACCUGUGCCUGAGGGUGAAGUGUGCACCCGCGCAGCUUACAUCCUCUUCUACCAGAGACGUGAAGCCAUCCCAUCCUGGUCAGCUAGCUGCUCCCUGCAAGGCUCCAUCAGCUCUUCUACAUCAGAUCACUGGCUCAUCCGACUGACUGAGGACAACCUGACUUCUAGUCCAACUGGAAAACUGACCAACUCCUCUUCAGUACCUGAGCCCCAAACACCACACGUUCCUGUCAUCCACGAGACCCCUAAAAAAGUCAAGGAUGGAAAUGAGACUUCUGCAUUUGUAAGAGCCCCUCGUGGCCACAGCAAGAGUUUGCGUUACAGCUCCAAAUCCAAAACCAGCAAAUUUCUUCCACUUCGCUGGUCGUUUGGUUCCAAAGACCGUCGAAAACCAUCGAACGUUCCACCACAAACAGAAACCGACGAGCUGGUGGAGUACCUCGAGUCUGGCCGACGUCCUCGUUGCACCAAGGAACCCAUAGUUAGCAUUGUAGCUAGUCCUUCACAGGCCAAAGCUCAGCUUCGUGAAGACGACACUCUUAGAUCACCCAGUGGCAGCGGUGCUCCCAACGGUGUGGAGCGAAGUAGCUAUCAAAGUCCAGGUUCACCUAGAUUGCCUGAAGGUCAAAGGAGGCCAGCUCCGGACUCCAGCAACGAUGCUAAGAGAGCUAGUGGCUCAUUGGCCAAGAAAAGUUCGAAAACAUCCAAAAAGGAGCAAGAAAGUUCUCAGGUUAGCAAAACGCUUCAGGCUUCCCCUUCUGGGCUUCCCAAUGGGACCGGUUCAGCGACGAAUAAUUCAUCUCAUUACAGAGACUCCACAACGAAAAAACAUCGAAGCCAAUCAGCUUCAGCUAACAGGACUCAAGCCGGCCAAGCACAAGCGGCUGCUGGGAAGAGCGAGGAAAGCAGGGGAAAAGAUGGUGGCACUUCAGGCUCCACGCAUACAGCUGCCCAGUUGCAGCAUGGGAGGUCGAAGGAUGCCCAUGUUAAAACACCCUCCAAUAAGAACCCAACCAAAAGCUCUCAAUCCAAUGGCACUCUGAACGGAAAAGGGAUUGAGGUUAAGAAAACCAGCAACGGGCACAGAAGCACCAGUAAACCCAGAGAAAGCCACGGUUCGUGGAGCACGGCCGAUAUUAAACGUGCCCACAGCUCAUCUAAUAUUCAGAGCAGGCAUGAAAUGACUUUGAAAAGGACGCUGUCUCUCCAAAGAAACGGUCCGUUGGUGCCAAUUCACAGAGAGCUUGCGGCUGAUAAACCGUCCUAUGCAACACUUAAUAGAUUGAGAUACAGCAGCACAUCACUUGGCAGACAAAGACCCGUACCUGAAUCAUGUUUCUGAUGGUUCACGUAACACUGUUGAAUGUGAUUUGUGAAUACGUGCCAUCUUCAAUAUCACAUUUGCAUCUUUAUAUCCUAGAGGACUUUUUUGUGAACAAAAAUGUUUAAUAUUGUUGACUAUCCUGAUCAAUUUCGACAUGUAACUUAUGUAAAAUAAAAACCCUGGGUUAAAAUUCUUAAUUGCAUAGGGAGUUAAUAACAUUGGACAAAUACACAACACAACGAGACCACAAUUGAGUGUGCAUAUUUGAUAUGAAUAUUUAAUGAAGUAAACACUGAGUCAUUGUUUGAUUGGUCGUCUGUUGCUUUGAGCAACACUGCAGCGUUGCAAUUUUUCAGCGUUCAAAAGAAAAGCUGUGCUAAAUGUGCUUUGGAGAAUGAUUUUAUUACUCAGAGUUUAAUGGAGUGCUUCCUUUGAGAAUUAGGUUGAAAAAGACCUUUAACCCAGGGUUAAGUGUUGUGUGAAAGUCGAUUAAAUGCCUAAGGCUAUGUUUAGCCUUGACCGGUAGAUGUCAACUUUAUUUCGUAACAACAUGGAAGAAGCACAUUCUUCUACAGAGCAAUAAAUAUAAACAAGCAAGACAGAGAAAGCACGGAGGGGUUUAUUACUACAACUGUGCUACCCUGGAUUAUAAAGCGCAAAAUUUUGUAAACGUUGUCGAAAUGUUAAUUACCUCCGUAUCUGGAGCAGCACUAAGGGGGUGUGCACACCAAAGCUUUAGCUGAGCGCUUUGAUUGCUUUGAUACUUCUGCUUUGUGUAUCAGUUGAUGUACGAUGCGCCGGUUGGUUGUUGUGAUAUUUGUCCCGCCCCUCCUCCACUGUGAUUGGAUGGCCAUGUGAGAGCUGACAUUGACGAGCUGAGCUUUUCACCCAAAGUUGAAUAUUUUUCAAUAUUUUUUUCACAUUGAAAGCCAGCGCUCGGCGGUUUGUCUGCGUGCAGCGCUGAGCGCCGGCUUUCAACACAGAAAAAAACUGCAAGCUGCUGGCUUUUUUUGAAAAACGCAGAGCUUUCAUUGGGAACAAUUGAAAACAUACGCCAGCCGCGGGCGUAAAAGCUUGGUGUGCACGUCCCCUAAAUGUGUGUUCACACCAGACGCGGUAGAGGCAUCAAAAACACGCUAUUCGCAAACAUUAUGAGUAUACUCGCUUCAUUCGCACAAUCGUGCGUGAAAUUCUAGUCAUUCAAGACAUUCACGCUGAAAUUUGCGCCAUGGGAGGGGCUUCUGCCACUCUGCUCGCUUCCCGUAAUCAUGUCACUAAUAGAGCAAGCUCCUGAUUGGUAAACUAUUCGCGCGGAAAACACGCAGCAGGAUGCCUUUACGCGUCUUUGCGUUGAUGUAACAUGUAAAUCUCUCGCACUUAAAGCCUCUUUCGCGUCUGGUGUGAACGCAAGGUAACACAGUCCUGUAGGCCGGCAUUCUAGCAUGGAGAUUUUGGGACAAAACGAUACUGAAAAAUCAGAAUCCUCUUGGCCAAAAACUGAAAUGGAAAACUAUGUUAAAAAAAUCUAUAUUUUGAUGAAGUUUGGGUAUAGUUGUAUUAAUAUUAGACUUUUUAAUUUUUAGUAAAUUUUUUACCCUAUGGAGACACUGAAUUAACACAUGCGCAUAACACCACCUUUAACUCAAAUUUUUUGUAGUUUACACAGAAAUUACAAGGCGACGGCGUCAUUAGCAAAAACAGCAUUAUUAAAAAACGUCACUAUUAUUCAAAAAAUUUGCAUUCCAGGACCCUAAAAAACGACAUUGUUGUGUAAACGAACAGCCAAAAGUGACAGUUGAAAAAGUUGCACGGCUAAAAAAUACUUUCUUAGUAUUUUUAGCUUGUUUUUAGUACAAAUAUCUACAAAUUCUUAAAUCAAGAUACAUUUUUGAUGAGCAAAAUGCCCUACACUCUAAGAAAUUAGCUGUAAUUAUGCAGCUGGUUUCCAGUAACUUACUGUAAAAGGUAAAGACUGAAAAUGUUCAUGUUCAUUUAACUUCAAACAAACUGUUGCCAGUAAAUAACAUAAAUGUAAAAUCUAAUACGGUAAUUUCUACAGAAUUUUUUUUUACAGUGUAAGAAGAUAAAAAGUCUUUUUUGACAAAAGAUUUCAAAUAUAAGAGAAUUUGUGGUUAAAACAAGCAAAAGAAUAAAUAAAUUUGCCAAUGGGGUAAGCAAUUUUUUUCUUGAAUUUUUCUUACCCCAUUGGCAGAUUUUUUAAAUAUUUUUUGUCUAAAAUCUAGACUUAUUUUCUUAGGUCAUUUUGCUUAUCAAAAAAAUGCAUCUUAAUUUAAGAAUUUUUAGAUAUUUGUACUUAAAAAAAGACAAAAAUACUAAGGUAGAAAGUCAUUUUUUGCAGUGUGUGAAAUAGGCACCUAUAAAACCCUGUUUGAAAUCUUCAGUUAUAUCUGCACUUGUGUAAAGGGUGCAGGCCUGAUGCACAGUAAUAAUAUUAUAGGAUCUACUCAAUAGAAUUGUCAUUUAUAUUUAUGCAUUUACUGUAUAAGUGCCUUUUUCUAACCGGUGAAUGAUGAUGUAACAGUUUCUGUUUUUUUUCACAUGAAUAUACAUGCGCACAUUUCACCACAGACCCAAUAAAUUCAUUUGGCAUAGAUACAGAUUGACACACGCAACACUGGGACUCAAUUAUACAAGUCAUUUACAAUAUCCAAAAUGUCGGGUUGAAAAAACACUUGACAUUCCACACCAAUCUUCACAUUAUCCUUUUUUUAAUGAAUCUGAUUGUUUUUAAGGCAGGACUAUGCAAAUACAAUUAGACAGUGCAUGUAUGUAUCAUUGUUAUAAGUUGGUCACGGAGGAGUCCUAAUGCACACAAUGUUUAUGCAUUUUGCUCAAACCUGAUUGAGUGAUGCUGAAAAUAGACAUUUUUCAUUUACUCCACUCCUGUAUUUCCGAACGUUUGAGGAAUGUUAAUGAUGUUUUUAUUUUGAUACAGUGACAGUGGGCGGUGCGGUGACUAAGGAUUUCAGUUGUUAAAAUUCAGCCUAACGUUUCAUGCAAGAGGUUCGGAGCAAUAGGGUGAGUGAGUGAUGCCAGAAAGUGUAGAUUUACGGCAAAUUGAAGAGAAAAUGGAAAUCCGUUGAGGCAUAAAAAAGAUUUUUUUUAGCAAUAACAAGCAAAUCACAUAAAAUAUCACUUUUCUGGGACUGAAUCCAAAAUUUAUCCAGAUGAUGUUGUGUAUCAGUUUACCACACGUGUUGCUGUUGUUUAAACAUUUGCUUUUGUUUCUAAGCUCUUGAUUUGCUUUCGAUUGGUUUUAAAUGAGAUAUCAGACUCUCGCACUUUUAAAUUGAAUGUCAGACUCUCACACAGACUUGCCGUCUGGUUAAAUACUUAUGCACAUGCAUUUAAACGAACAAUGAAUCUGAAUGAUUUAUGAGGCGGACAUGAAUCAUACUUCAAAUUGUGCGGUUAAUUUAACCUGGUUGAUGAUAAUGCAGUGAAAUAACUGUGAGUUAUAGGCUUGGGGUUGGGUUCUUAAUGCCAGUAAGCAAUCAUUUAUCAACUCAAUGCAUUGCCAUAGAAACUGCAUAGCAACGGUCCUUAGCAACAUGGUGAUGUGAGUAACAUCAGUAGCAUGCUGAGGACUAACAAUGCAAGUUUUUUGUUAAUCGAUAUUUGUGAUUAACAAUAUAACUCUAACUGUGCAAUUUUUUUAUGCACAACCCUGUUUAAAUACACCAUGCCACCUUGAGAAAAAUUGCGUUUAUUCAUGCCUAUGUCUGUUUAUUUAUUUGUAUGUCUGAAAGUUGUUUGGCUAUAAUUGGAGUCACUGCCGCGUGACACAGGAUUUGGCUUGUGUAAUCUUACUCAAGUCUGUUUCAGCAUUAACAUGUGGAAAAGUUCAUGACGUUGUGGGCCGGAUGUGCUUAACCUACGCCUGCAGUCUCUAAGUGAUGAGCAAUAUCACAAUAUGAUAAUUUGACCACUUUUGACCUGAAACUAAAGCGUCCGUGCUUAUGCGAGCCUGACACUUAUCCGAAGAGCUCACAUGCUUAUGUAAUACCUCAAAACGCAUGAAAAUGUUGGAUAACAGUGAGUUUAUGGCCGACUGAGGACGAUUAAAUAAAUAUUUUGCUCUUAAAAGAUUUUUGUAUGCAAGGUGCAUUUGAAGCUUUUAAUUAAUCGGAUGUGUUAUGCAUUAUUAAUCAUGCUGAGAUGCUCCAGUAGCUAAAUGUUGGGUGCAUACAAUAACAUGCACCUAAAAGUGGUUGUGAUUUAUAUAACAGAUUGUAUGUGAUGUUAUUUUUGGUACAGGAAAUUAAAACACUGUCGCAAAUA